GCCCGGCUCAGCGUGGAGGUCGUUGGAGUCACCGCCCAGCCGUCCGCUCCUCACCGGCCUCCUGCUCGCUUCGGCCAUGCUGUCCGCCCUCGCCCGGCCAGCCGGCGCCGCUCUGCGCCGCGGCUUCAGCACCUCGGCCCAGAACAAUGCUAAAGUAGCUGUGCUUGGAGCUUCUGGAGGAAUCGGGCAGCCCCUUUCCCUCCUCCUGAAGAACAGCCCCUUAGUGAGCCGCCUGACCCUCUACGACAUCGCUCACACGCCGGGGGUGGCCGCAGACCUGAGCCACAUUGAGACCAGAGCAAAAGUGAAAGGUUUCCUUGGACCUGAGCAGCUGCCAGACUGCCUGAAAGGAUGUGACGUGGUGGUGAUCCCGGCCGGAGUCCCCAGAAAACCCGGCAUGACUCGGGAUGACCUGUUCAACACCAAUGCCACCAUCGUGGCCACCCUGGCUGCUGCCUGUGCCCAGAAUUGCCCUGAAGCCAUGAUCUGCAUCAUUGCCAACCCUGUCAACUCCACCAUCCCAAUUACGGCUGAGGUGUUCAAGAAGCAUGGCGUGUACAACCCUAACAAGAUCUUUGGCGUGACAACCCUGGACAUCGUGCGAGCCAAUACGUUCGUGGCAGAGCUGAAGGGUUUGGAUCCAGCUCGAGUCAGCGUUCCUGUCAUCGGUGGCCAUGCUGGGAAGACCAUCAUCCCCCUCAUCUCCCAGUGUACUCCCAAGGUGGACUUCCCUCAAGACCAGUUGGCGGCACUCACUGGGAGGAUCCAGGAGGCGGGCACAGAGGUGGUGAAGGCCAAAGCAGGGGCAGGCUCUGCCACCCUGUCCAUGGCCUAUGCUGGUGCCCGCUUCGUCUUCUCCCUGGUGGACGCGAUGAAUGGGAAGGAAGGAGUUGUGGAAUGCUCCUUCGUGAAGUCACAGGAGACGGACUGCACCUACUUCUCCACGCCCCUGCUGCUGGGGAAAAAGGGCCUGGAAAAGAACCUGGGCAUCGGCAAGGUGUCCCCAUUUGAGGAGAAGAUGAUCGCCGAGGCCAUUCCUGAGCUGAAAGCCUCCAUCAAGAAGGGGGAGGACUUCGUGAAGAACAUGAAGUGAGCCUGGCACUGGAGACCAGGCGUGGCGCUGCCUCUGUCUUACUGCUUGAUGAUGGCUGUUGUUAGCAUGGCCCUUCCUUCAAGAUUGUGGCUGGUCUGUUGGUUCAACAAUAAAACAGACUGUUGAUUUUCUUUUUCAAGUUA